AUGUGGGCACUCAGGCCUCGCGCCCCUGCACUCCGUAGCCUCCGCAAUACCGUGGUUGUCUCAGCCCGUAUUCGGUACUACAGCGUCGUCACAGAUGCACCAAUACCCAAGAAGACCAAAAUCUGGCCGUCCGCGGAGGAGGCUAUAAAGGAUGUCAAGAGCGGUGACACCGUCCUCUGUGGAGGCUUCGGUCUCUGCGGUAUCCCAGAAACGCUUAUCGAGGCUUUGUCACGGCGCAAGGAUGUCCAGGGCAUCACCGCCGUCUCAAACAACGCCGGCGCAAAGGAUCUCGGUCUCGUGAGGCUCGUUCAGUCGGGGCAGCUUGACAAGCUGAUGAUCUCAUAUCUGGGAGGCAACAAAUUCCUCGAGUCGAAGUACCUGGAGGGCGAGGUCGGAAUUGAGCUUGUCCCCCAGGGUACGCUCGUCGCUCGUCUGAAGGCGUACGCAUCGGGCUACCCCGCCAUCCUCACACCUACCGGUGCAUCGACUGCGGUUGAGCGUGGUGACAUCCCUAUUCGCUACAAUGCCGGUGGCAUGAAGAACGGUGUUGCCGUGCCGGGCAACAAGAAGCAGACAAUGGAAUUUGACGGACGAAAAUACGUGGUGGAACCUGCCAUUGCUGGGGAUGUUGCAUUCGUGCACGCAUGGAAAGCGGACGAAGUCGGUAAUUUGGUCUUCCGGUAUACUGCGAACAACUACAACGCGGUCAUGGCUCGCAACGCUAAGUUGACAAUCGUUGAGGCGGAGGAGAUUGUUCCUGUUGGCAGCCUCUCCCCCAAUGCUAUUCACAUCCCUGGCAUCUACGUCGACCGCAUCGUUAAGGCUACUAUACCCAAGGCGAUCGAGGUUUUGGCUCUUGCUAAGAACAAGGAGGAACAGACCGCCACUACCUCGCCUGGUGCUAGCCAAGACAAGGCCGCACACGACUGGCGACACAAGAUUGCAAAAAGGGCAGCGAAGGAAAUUCACGAUGGCUUCUACGUAAACCUCGGUGUCGGUGUCCCGACGCUUGUCCCCGAGCACUUGGACGCCGAUAUUUCGGUCUGGGUUGAGAGUGAGAACGGUAUCCUUGGUAUGGGCCCCUACCCAACGGAAGACCAAGUCGACGCUGACAUCAUUAACGCUGGCAAGGAGACGGCGACGCUGCUCCCCGGCGCAUCGUGUUUCGACUCCAUCGAAUCGUUUGACAUGAUCCGCGGCGGACACAUGGAUAAACGCACCCAGGCAAUGCAAGUUUCCCAGGCCGGUGAUAUUGCGAACUUUAUGAUCCCUGGCAAGCUGGUCAAGGGUAUCGGUGGUGCAAUGGACCUCGUCUCGAACCCCGACAAGACCAAGGUCAUUGCGCUUCUGCAGCACUGCUCGAAGGACGGCACGCCCAAGAUUGUCAAGGAGUGCUCGCUGCCCAUCACAGGAGCGGGGGCUGUCAGCAUGAUUAUCACGGAUUUGGCCGUGUUCAACGUGGAUCGCAAGGCGGGCGAGCUUGAGCUGAUCGACUUGGCAGAGGGUGUCACGCUCGAGGAACUCAAGGCUAAGACGGCCUGUGACUUCAAGGUGUCGCCGAAUCUCGGCCGCAUGUAA